GUGAGGUAAGGUGCUUACCGCAUCGGGAAUCCACUUCAAAGUUCCCGUCGGUAGACUCGGUACCACAGCUGGAAGGAAUUGACCCCGGCCCUGUUGGUUAUUUGUCCUCCCUAGCAAUAUCCCCUCUCUCACCCUCCAUUCCGACAUCACUUAACCCCGCCAAGAGCCAUUUCUCGAGAUUCCGUUCACCUAGCAACCCUCAUUCCUCUCGGAUGCUCCCAUACCCCAUGUUUCAAAAGACACGGGCCUAGGGAAGUGGCAUACAACAGUCGACUAUGGCGGACAAACAGCCCGAGUCCAAAUUGUCGGCGCCGGCGUCUGAGAAGGGUGAGGCGAGCGCCACCGCCGGCGCCACUGUGCAACAUAGUGAGCCGCCGGCAGCAACGCCCGCACCGGCACCCGCUACAGCAGAAGCUGAGCCAACAGCGACCACAGGCGAGUCGUCGGCACCACCCCAAGCCGGGACGGCAGCAACCACUACAAGCGUGACUGCGACUGUGACUGCGCUUCCGCCGGAACAUUGGACUGAAGCCCCGGCGGGUGAUUCGGACGACGAUGGGGAUUCCGCACUGGGCGAGGAUGCGUUGAGUUCGACUGCGUCAAUUUCAAGUACGAUCCUCAAGUAUAGGACCAUCCACGGCCGAACCUUCCACAGCGAGAUCGGCAAUGCCACGUACUGGGGAACGAACGAUGAGCGCCACAGCGAAUCGUUGGAUGUAUUACACCAUCUGUUCACUCUGUGCCUCGAUGGCGAGAUAUACGCGGCGCCGGUCAAGGAUCCAAAGAAAGCCCUCGACAUUGGCACUGGCACGGGAAUCUGGGCGAUGGACUUUGCCGAUAAAUGGCCAGGCUGCGAGGUCAUCGGCACGGACAUCAGCCCUAUUCAACCCACAUGGGUUCCGCCAAACCUGAAGUUCGAGAUCGACGACUGCACACAGCCAUGGACAUUCGAGGCCGGCAGCUUCGACUACGUGCACAUCCGCUACCUGCAGGGCUGCAUUGCCGACUGGUAUGCCUUCUUCCGGGAGGCGUACAAGGCCCUGGCGCCCGGCGGGUGGCUGGAGAGCCACGAGGCGUCGCCCAACGUCUUCUCCGACGACGACACGCUGCCGCCCACGAGCGCCAUCGCCCAGUGGGGCCCGCUGUUCGUCGACGGCGGCAAAGCCAUCGGCCGAAGCUUCACCAUUGUGGAUGAGGAUAUCCAGCGGAAGGCCAUGGAGGAGGCCGGGUUUGUUGAUAUCCAGGAGAAACUGAUCAAGGUUCCGAGCGGUGGCUGGCCGGCGGAUCCCAAGCAGAGAGAAAUUGGGAUCUUCGCACAGCAUGCGAUCGAGACGGACGUCGAGGGUUUCAUCCUCUUCAUGACGACCGUCCUUGGCUGGUCCAGGGAGCAAGUAACCGUCUACAUCGCUCAUCUGCGGCGCGAACUGCGCUCGCUCAAGCAUCACGUUUGCUACUGGCAGAAGGUCGUGUGGGGGAGGAAACCGGAGACGGCGUGAUUCAAGCUGCCACUUAAAGCUCGGUAUUGUUGCAUGAAGCUUUUAAGUAUCUCGUUAAAUCUCUACUAUACUAAGCGAGUUCUCGGUUCAUGAUAUCUCGUCAUUCUCAGCCUACCUGUCAACUUCCGUGGCUCUAGUUUCAACUCAAACAGAUCCACCAGAGAAAUACCAAGCAGUGAAAUGCCUCGCU